AUGGAUAAAGAUUUGGAAGAGUUUGAAUCCAUGGGGAUUUUCAAAAUCUAUGUUGAAGCUUACAAGGUCACACUAUCAUGGAAACAGAUCUUUUCACAGAUCGCGUUGGCUCUAAUCCUUCCUUUAGCUAUCAUUUCCCUAGCACAGAUAGAAAUAACCGACCUGCUCAAGAAGAAUAUUGAAUUCAACUUGAACACCGCAUUGAGAGCCAUCUGCGGGCUCUUUCUUGUUAUUCUCUCCCUGCUCUCGACUUCAGCUGUUGUUUACACCAUAGCGCGUAUCUAUUCUUCAAAAGAAAUCACUUUCAAAAGGGUGAUGACUGCACUACCUAAAGCAUCGAAGAGACUUGCGAUCACUUUCUUGUGGAACUUCCUGAUCGUGUUUUUGUACAACCUUAUUGUGGUUGUAAUAAUUUUUUUGUUAGCAAUUGUAUAUUUAGUUUUGGCUCGGAUAUUCUCAGUCCAACUCGAUUGGAGUUCACCAAUCACCAUCCUUGUCGUAGUCAUAAUUGUACUUGUUCCUUACAUGACUGGAGCCAUUUACAUCAGCCUCGUCUGGUACUUGGCCAGCGUGGUAUCGAUUUUGGAAGACAUUAGAGGAAUUGAAGCUAUGAAGAAAGGAAAGGCAUUGGUUAAGGGUAAGAUUUGGAUUUCUCUCAUCACAGCUAUUCCUCUACAGAUCUGUAAUAUGAUCAACUUAUUUGCCUUUAGCUCGCUGGUUGUACAAGGGGAAUCAUUGGGUAUGGUUGGUCGAGUGAGUUUGGGAAUCUUUUGCUUAGUGUUGCUGGUAAUUUUUGUUCAUUUUGGACGAGUAAUCCAAACCAUCAUCUACUUCGUCUGCAAAUCGUAUCACAAGGAAAACAUCGAUAAGUCUAGCCUUGUGUAUCACCUGGAUGGCUAUCACCUUGGGGAUUAUGAAUCUCUCAUUAGAGGCGAAGUAGAUAAUUCUGUUUAA